CCCCAUUGUAUCUCCGGAGCACCAUAUAUACCGCACAUAAUGGCUUCUACUUCAGCACAGGUGAAUUUGCUUUCACCGCCCGACCAGAUUACACCCGCGAAUGCACUUGCGCUUUCCCAAAAGGCCCCAAAAAUCUUAGCCUCUUCACCAACAUCCUCUCUUCCCUGGCCACUAUCCCUCCUCUUCUCCACAGAAACCCCCUUCAGCUGGACAAUUCAUGAGAAUCUAUUCCUUUCGAGCCUGCGCACGGGUGACGACGCCUCCGCACGCCAGAUUCUCGACCGCCUCACAUCUCGCUUCGGCGCCAGCAACGAGCGCAUAAUAACGCUUCGCGGCAUCUACGACGAGUCGCAAGCCAAGGACGCAAAGGACCUCGAGAAAGUCUUCCAGGAUUACGAGAAUAUUCUUCGGGAAGACAGCACGAAUUUUGGAAUCAGAAAGAGGAGGGUCGCAGUGUUGAAAGCGCUUGGCAAGACCGAUCAAGCGAUUACCGCGUUGACCGUUUUACUUGAGAGUAGCCCUACAGAUGCAGAGGCAUGGGCCGAGUUGGCUGAUUUGUAUGCGCAAGUUGGCGAGUGGUCGAAGGCAAUCUUCUCUCUGGAAGAGGUGCUGCUGAUUGUGCCAAAUGCAUGGAGCGCACAUGCACAAGUAGCAACGUACCAUUAUCUUUCAACCAAAUCCUCAUCCGCCUCCUCGACCCCAUCCCCAGCAACGACACUUCAGUCCCUUACACUCGCUCUGAAGCAUUUCGCCCGCUCAAUCGAGCUGAAUGAAUCCUACCUCCGCGGAUACUAUGGCCUGAAGCUUGUUUCGAAACAACUCAUCUCUCUCCUUUCUGACCCUUCCUCGAACCCUUCCUCAAAACGGCCAACUGACGACGAUGUUCCCGUGCCGAAGGAGGCCACCGUGAAGAAGUUGGAGGAGCUGGCAACCACCAAGUUGGCCGAGAUUGUGCGAUCGUACAGUAGCGGAAAGAAAGAUUGGGCGGGCUACAAUGAAGCAGAGGUCAUUGCUACGAGAGAAUUGCUUGACAGAGACGGCAAGAUCGAGCGAUAAUUGACAGAAUAUUUGAAUUCCAACGCGAGAGAGGGCAAUAGGGGAGGGAUGAUGAGCCACGUCUACUUCAUAGUAAUGGCCAUCAUUUUUGAGGUUGAACAUAGAUAGCCAACCACACCGAACAGCAUGAGAAAUCCACCUACCUACAUAGAGAUACCAAUAUGAAAUCCUGCAAUCAUCGAUGGUUCUGACUGAUCGUCUAUGAUAUCACUAGAG